UCUCAGACCUAUAGUUUCUGUCCUAGUCUCAGCCUCCAAUCCUUAAGAGACACUCAGCCCCAGCAAUUGGAUUGGGCAGCCUUUCUUGACACACCACUGUGCUGAGUGCUUGAGGACGUGUUUCAACAGAUGGUUGGGGUUAGUGUGUGUCAUCACAUUCGAGUGGGGAUUAAGAGAAGGAAGACUGCCUUGCUGGAGCUGUGUGGUCUUCUCCAAGUGUGAGUUGCAAGCAAUAGAACUCUAGCUUUUGGAAGAAGGCGAGGAAUUCAUUUCCAGCAGCUCCAAGAAAAGCAGUUUGUUCAGGUACCAUAGCCACCUACCUUCUUCUGGACAGCUGAAUUUGGUCAAUGGCAUACAAGUUCAUCAAGACAAAAUAGUUGCAGAAAAUCUUCAAAGGACUCCAUCGGCAGAUGUUCCAUAUACCUCUGCAGCACAGAAAUUGAUUACUCAGCCCAAAUACUUAAUUCAAGGUACUAACUACUGUCCUAAAACAUAUUAACAUGUGAAGCCUUGUCUGGAGAUUGUAUGCUGGCAAUGAAAUUGAAAUAGUCAAGGGGCAAUUUGGAACACAAAUAAAGGAAGUAAACUUGUAAAAUAUUCGAGUCUGCAGAAAAAGUGCAUCUCUGACCCAAGAAACAAGCAUUUGGUCUGUUUUGCAACACUGAAACAUCCAUCUACAAUGAAGUCCUAUUGCUGGACUCUGGUUUUGGCUGUCCUGGGUACAGAAUUGCUCGGAAAUUUCUGCACCACUGUCAAAUCCCCACGGUUCAGAGGGCGUGUGCAGCAGGAACGAAAAAACAUCAGACCCAAUAUUAUUCUUGUGCUCACAGAUGAUCAAGACGUGGAACUGGGAUCUUUGCAAGUGAUGAAUAAAACAAGAAAAAUCAUGGAGCGUGGGGGAGCCACUUUUAUUAAUGCCUUUGUUACCACCCCUAUGUGCUGCCCCUCUCGGUCCUCUAUGCUCACAGGGAAGUAUGUCCACAACCACAAUGUGUACACCAACAAUGAGAACUGUUCCUCCCCUUCCUGGCAGGCAAUGCAUGAACCACGCACAUUUGCUGUGUAUCUCAACAACACCGGAUACAGAACAGCUUUCUUUGGAAAAUACCUCAAUGAAUAUAAUGGCAGCUACAUCCCUCCUGGGUGGCGAGAGUGGCUUGGAUUAAUCAAGAAUUCUCGUUUCUAUAAUUACACUGUUUGUCGCAAUGGCAUCAAAGAGAAGCAUGGAUUUGAUUAUGCCAAGGACUACUUCACAGACUUAAUCACUAACGAGAGCAUUAAUUACUUCAAAAUGUCUAAGAGAAUGUAUCCCCAUAGGCCCAUAAUGAUGGUUAUCAGCCAUGCUGCACCCCAUGGCCCUGAGGAUUCAGCACCACAGUUCUCAGAUCUCUAUCCAAAUGCUUCCCAGCACAUUACUCCCAGUUACAACUAUGCACCAAAUAUGGAUAAGCAUUGGAUAAUGCAGUACACAGGACCCAUGCUGCCCAUCCACAUGGAAUUUACAAAUAUUUUGCAGCGAAAAAGGCUUCAGACUCUGAUGUCAGUUGAUGACUCUGUGGAAAGGCUAUAUAAUAUGCUUGUGGAAACUGGAGAACUGGAUAACACCUACAUCAUUUACACUGCAGACCAUGGGUACCAUAUUGGGCAGUUUGGAUUGGUCAAGGGGAAAUCCAUGCCAUAUGACUUCGAUAUCCGUGUUCCUUUCUUUAUUCGUGGACCAAGUGUAGAACCAGGAUCAAUAGUGUCUCAGAUUGUGCUGAACAUUGACCUGGCUCCCACCAUCCUGGAUAUUGCUGGGCUCGACACUCCUCCUGAUGUGGAUGGCAAGUCAGUCCUCAAACUGCUGGACCUAGAAAAACCAGGUAACAGGUUUCGAACAAACAAAAAGACCAAAAUUUGGCGUGAUACAUUCCUAGUGGAAAGAGGCAAAUUCCUGCGCAAGAAGGAAGAACCUAGCAAGAAUGCCCAACAGUCAAAUCACCUACCCAAAUACGAGAGGGUCAAAGAACUUUGCCAGCAAGCACGGUACCAAACAGCCUGUGAACAGCCUGGACAGAAGUGGCAGUGCCUCGAGGACACGUCUGGCAAACUUCGAAUUCACAAAUGUAAAGGAUCCAGCGACCUGCUCGCAAUCCGGAAGAGAACUCGAAGUAUCCACUCCCGAGGCUUCGGUAACAAAGACAAAGAAUGUAAUUGUGGGGAGACUGAUUAUCGGGCUAGCAGGAGCCAGAGGAAAAACCAGAGACAGUUCCUGAGAAACCAUGGCACUCAAAAAUACAAGCCAAGGUUUGUUCACACUCGCCAAACCCGCUCCCUAUCUGUGGAAUUUGAAGGAGAAAUAUAUGAUAUAAACUUAGAGGAAGAAGAACUGCAACUGUUACGCCCAAGAAGUAUUUCAAAGCGCCAUGACAAAAGCCUUAAGUCCGCAGGAGUCCACAAUGCUGCAGCUGUUGGUGGUGACAGUGAAUUAAUGCUGGCUGACGGCCCCAAUGCAGUGGGACAAUCAGAUACUGUCCGAGUGACACAUAAGUGCUUUAUUCUUCCAAAUGACACAAUCCAUUGUGAGAGAGAACUAUAUCAAUCAGCCAGAGCCUGGAAAGACCACAAGGCAUACAUCGAUAAGGAGAUUGAAGCUCUCCAAGAUAAAAUUAAGAAUUUAAGAGAAGUGAGAGGACACCUGAAGAGAAGAAAGCCUGAUGAAUGUGAUUGUAACAAGCAGAGCUAUUAUAAUAAAGAAAAAGGUGUAAAAGCCCAAGAGAAAUUGAAGAGCCACCUUCACCCAUUCAAAGAGGCUGCUCAGGAAGUGGAUAGUAAACUACAGCUUUUCAAAGAGAAUCGGAGAAGGAAGAAGGAGAGGAAAGAGAAGAAGAGGCAAAAGAAAGGAGAUGAGUGCAGCCUGCCUGGACUUACCUGUUUCACACAUGACAACAACCACUGGCAAACAGCACCAUUUUGGAACUUGGGAUCUUUCUGUGCCUGCACAAGCUCUAACAACAACACCUACUGGUGUCUGCGAACAGUCAACGAGUCGCACAACUUCCUUUUCUGUGAGUUUGCUACUGGCUUCUUGGAAUAUUUUGAUAUGAAUACAGAUCCCUACCAGCUCACAAAUACGGUCCACACAGUAGAAAGAGGCAUCUUGAACCAGCUGCACAUUCAGCUGAUGGAGCUGAGGAGCUGUCAGGGUUAUAAACAGUGCAAUCCAAGGCCUAAGGGACUUGAAGCAGAGGACAGUUAUGGGAUGGAUGGGAAGGUUAAGCUGCCAAACUUCACCGAUGACAUCAACUGGCAAGGACUGGAAGAUUUAUACAGUGUAAAUGAAAGUUCCUAUGAAUACAGAUACAACUAUAAACUGAGUCUGGUUGACUGGACUAAUUACUUGAAGGAUGUAGAUAGAGUGUUUGCACUGCUGAACAGUCAAUAUGAGCAAAAUAACACAAAUGACACUAAAUCCGCUUUAAAACAUGGGUUCUUGAACCCGUCAUCUAUACCACCUGUCCUAGAGGAAAUGACCUCCACUGAGUCCGAUGAAGACAUAAGCAGUAUGGAGGCAGAAGAGUGGCUGCUGAUUGCACCACUAGACUUGGGAACCCUGGAUUUGAAUCCAACACCAUUAAACCAAGAGAGGAAACUUGAAUGGAAUAAUGAUAUUCCUGAGAUAAGUCAUUGGAAUUCCGAACACUGGAAAUAUCGUCAUACUGAAAAAUGGAUGGGGGAUAAAGAAUUAAAUAGCUUUGAAAUGGAUUUCAGUGGCAAUGGUUUAACAGAGCUGCAGUCAACAAAUAGCUUCAUUCUACAGCCCAUUAGCAGUCAUCAGAAAGAAUCACACCAAGACAAUGACCAGAGAGAGGAUAUAUUUGAAGAUCAGGUGUAUCUUCCUGUGAGCUCUGAUGGAUCAUCAAUUCAUCGGGUCGCAAACACAUCCAAUGUUGAUCAGCCAAUUGGAUCCAGCAAAAUGGAGACAAUUUUGAACACCACCAAGGAUAAUCAUACAAGGGAGAAUUUGCAAAACCUAGAAGGCAGUGGUUCCUCCCCACUGUCCUCUAAUUAGUUUUAAUUGUAAACCUUAUACACAGUAUUUUUUAAAAUUUUAUUAGCAAACUAGUGAAGGCAAUCAUGCCAACACACAUUCCAAGCUUUUUAGAGCUACAUAUUUGUGGUUGUAAUUAGUACAUGUAUGUAUGUUUGUGUCACAGACCCACUAAGACAUAUAUAUUUUUUAAUUCUUGAUUUUCCACAACUAGAGAAAGAGGUUUUUGGGGUGUUAAAACAGUAUUACCCUUUGAAGGUCAUAAAAACACACCAUGAAAAGUUAUUAAAUCAAGAUGCCAAGAAUUUGUGUUGCAUAGCUUCCAAAAGUUGUCACCAUCAAUGAAUGUCUUAGUAUACUCGCACUGCCUACAUAAUGUGUUUCUGAUCAAUGAUUUUUAACCACUGGAAUAAUGUCACAGGUUAGAGUAAAAUGAUAUUGCACUUUGAGAUCCUUAUUCCCUGUGUCAUUUCUUCAUUAUUUUACAUGCUUUUCCUUGCCUUACUUUUUGCGCAUUGUGAUGUCAUGCCAUAGGGUCACAGGAAAGAGAUACAGGAUGGAUUGCAAAUGAAAAGUAUAUUGCUUUAAUACUGUUUUGCCAGAAAAAUAUUGCAUGUUUUCACUUUGACUUGAUAAAACUGAAUAGCAGGACAUGGUGGCUAAGAGUGUUCAGAGAUUUUAAAAAACCAAGGAUGAAAAUUGGCUAUUCCCUCCAUUUAUCAUAUCCUUAAAAUGUCUAAAUUUGAGUAUAUUCUUGAAGACAUCUUAUAAAAGACUUUUCUUCAUUUGGAAGGGUUUAUUUUAUUGACAUGAAUAAGGGACUUAAGAGAUGGGUUAUAUGACAGAAAAUCUGUUCAAUAAAAUAAACUCGUGAAUGUUUCCUAAUUUUAACACACACAGAGCACACAUGCACCAUGAGUUUAAUUUCAUAGUAUUUUGUUAUAUUUUCAUUUUUAUGGGCUUCACCAAAUAACUGAAAUUUUUAAAAGUACAAUACUCAAUUAAUUGCCUUUGAAACUCUAUGCUCUUGAAUUCCUAUUAUUCUCCCAUUGUAGAUUUUCACAUGCCAACAAAAGAAUUACCUCAUUCAUUUUCUUCACCACCAUACCCGACCUCUUUUGAAAAGUUUCCUAUCUGUUAUUUUGUUUAGCGUACUAGUCUUCCGUUUUGUUUUACACAGCUCAAAAACUAAAGCAAAAAAAAAAAUCUGUUUUGUUUUUAAGGUUCCUUUUUUUUUUUGAAGAUUCAGUUUCUUUUAGUCAAAUCUUUAAUUUUAAAAAGCUGUUGUUAUCAUAGACUUUGUAAAUAUGUUAAAAACUAAUUAGCUGUUACAUAUCUGAUGUAUGUGUCAUUGGCUGAAUGACAGAACAAACGUAUUUAUGGUCAUGAAUGAUGCUAUUUGUAAAUAGAUCUCCCAUCAUUAGGAAACCCACUGUGUUUUUAAAUCUUGUAUAAUAAUCUGUGAUACUUUUAUAGAACAAUUCUGGCUUCAGGAAAGUCUAGAAGCAAUAUUUCUUGAAAUAAAAAGGUGUUUUAACUUUAUCUGCUUCAGAUAAAUUCACAUGACCAAGUUUUGUAGUAAACAUAUUUCUGCAAUAAACUGAUCUCAUUUUACAUUA